CUGUCACACGCAACUAGACACAAUAUUAAAUUGUCGUCAGUCGUCUGCAACUAAAAUCGUGAUUUACAAAUUAUCAUUGCAAUUAAAUAUAUAUAUAUACAUAUGUACAUAAUAUAUGUAUGCAUGUGUGUAUAUAUGUAAUAAAAUUAUUAGGAGGACCUAGUACACAGUGUAUAGGAACUAGGAUUCAGUAAUAAAAAAAGAGUAGAGAAGAACGUACGGCCGUACGAGGCGUGAUAUAACGGGGCUUCUCUCUCUCUCUCUUUCUCUUUCUUAUUCUCAUAUAUACUUGUCCUUUAUCUUUCUCACUCUUAUUUUCUCUUGGUAAUUCUUACUCUUUCUCUCCGGGACUCCGGCAUCCGGACGGGCGCGUAGCCGGUCCCGGCUAUCGAAUUCUCACCGAGUGAAUAAAAAAAAAGUAGUAAAAUAAAAUAAUAUUAAAUAAAAAAAAGGCGAACGACGGGGCGUGUGCGUGUACCGUACGUGUAUUAUGUAUGUGUGUGUAUAUCUAUAUCUAUACAUAACAUAGAGAUAAAUAUAUAUAUGUAUAUAUACCUGUAUAUAUAUUUAUACAUAUUAUACUUGGCCUUUUUUUUUUUCUACGCGUGGUACAAUAAAACACGCUAUUAAACGUACGGUUUUCCGCGUCUACGUCGCCGUGGCCAUUAAUUAAUAUUCGGUGAGGACUAUUCAGUAAACGAGAGCGUGUUCUUACGGAAGUGCGUGGUAGCAACACUUGCAGUCAUCCAUUUGAUAGAUUAUUUAUAAUAACAAAUGGAACGCGUGGUCACGAGGUAACCUCUCUUGUGACAUAAAAACACUCAGUAAACGCACGUGAGAUAAAAUAAAAAAUCAAGAAAAAUAAUUGAAUCUUUGAGACGGUCUAUUUUGUGGAGACUCGUGUGUUGGUGACAACGCCUCGCUCAUCAUCACCAUCGUCAUCGUCAUCGUCAUCACCGUGGACUAAUUUCUCAGUCAUUGAAAACAACUUUUUAUUCCCAGCAGACACUUGUGAAAAAAUAGCAGAUCGACUGGUGAAAAACUUCUAGAACAAUACCUGUAACCUGUCAGAGACAUUUUCCUGUGACAUUAUUAUUAUUGUUUAAUAUUAUUAUUAUUAUUAUUUAAAUAAUAAUAAAAGUACUGCUGGUGUGUAUGAUAAAUAGUGUAAUUUAAAUUGAGGAAUGCAGCCACCGGCUCAUCAGGGUGGUCCUUGUUAUUGUAAAGUAUAGCCGCCACGAUCUCAGCCAAAGAUACGGAUUCGAGGCACGAGCGUGACGCCGGUGAUUUAAAUAAUCCAUCCAGCAUCCGCAGUGCCUCAAAUCUAACAACCAACAUGUCAUCUGGGACGUUUGUUGAUCGGAUAGAUCCAUUUGCCAAGCGAUCCCUUAAAAAGAAGUCGAAAAAAUCACAAGGCUCCUCGCGAUAUCGCAAUUCGCAGGACGUCGAGCUUCAGCAGCUACCUCAGCUUAAAGAUGUUACUCCGUCGGAACAGGAAGACUUGUUCAUUAGAAAACUACAGCAAUGUUGCGUUGCCUUCGACUUUAUGGACCCCGUUGCAGAUCUCAAGGGUAAGGAAAUCAAGCGCAGCACCCUCAAUGAACUGGUCGAGUACAUCACAGCAGGACGUGGAGUUCUUACUGAACCCGUUUACCCCGAGAUCAUCAAGAUGAUUUCGGCAAAUUUAUUUCGAACGUUGCCACCGAGUGAAAAUCCAGACUUUGAUCCUGAAGAGGAUGAUCCAACAUUAGAAGCAAGCUGGCCCCAUUUACAACUGGUCUAUGAAUUCUUUUUACGUUUUCUCGAGUCAUCGGAUUUUCAGCCGGCGAUUGGAAAAAAAGUUAUUGACCAAAAAUUCGUGUUACAACUGCUAGAAUUAUUUGACUCAGAAGACCCAAGAGAAAGAGAUUUUUUGAAAACGGUUUUGCAUCGCAUAUACGGUAAAUUUCUCGGCCUGCGAGCUUUCAUACGCAAACAGAUUAACAACAUUUUCCUGAGGUUUGUGUACGAGACAGAGCACUUUAAUGGCGUUGGAGAGUUACUGGAAAUUUUAGGCAGCAUUAUCAACGGAUUCGCACUCCCGCUGAAAGUCGAGCAUAAGCAAUUUUUAGUCAAGGUGCUAUUACCACUGCAUAAAGUUAAAUGUUUAUCGCUAUAUCACGCGCAACUUGCGUACUGCGUGGUGCAAUUUCUUGAAAAAGAUGCAUCACUAACGGAACCAGUAGUACGAGGGCUUCUUAAAUUCUGGCCUAAGACAUGCAGCCAGAAGGAGGUGAUGUUUCUCGGCGAGAUUGAAGAGAUACUUGAUGUUAUAGAACCUAGCCAAUUUGUUAAAAUACAAGAGCCUUUGUUCAGGCAAAUAGCGCGCUGUGUUUCGUCGCCGCACUUUCAGGUCGCAGAGAGGGCAUUGUAUUUCUGGAACAAUGAAUAUAUUAUGUCGCUGAUUGAAGAAAACAAUCAUGUGAUAAUGGGAAUAAUGUUCCCGGCGCUGUACAGGAUCAGCAAGGAGCACUGGAACCAGACGAUUGUUGCUCUUGUUUAUAAUGUUCUUAAAACUUUUAUGGAAAUGAACAGCAAGCUUUUUGAUGAACUAACUGCCAGUUAUAAAUCCGAGAGGCAAAAAGAAAAGAAACGAGAAAAAGAGAGAGAUGAAUUAUGGAAAAAGUUGAAUGAAUUAGAGAUUGAACGACGCGGGACACUUACGGCAACAUCAAACACUCCAGUUCCUGCCACUCCUGCAUCUGCGACACGAGCUCGUCCCUGAGCUGGUAAAAAUUAAAUACCACGCUGCCCAAUUGUUAGUCCUUAGUUUACAUCAAAUUUUCCGUAUACAAGCUGAAAAUAAAAAUUGUCAUUGUUAGUGAAAAAAAAAAAUAAUAAAAAAAAAUAAAAAAAAGAAACAAAAAAAGUAAUGAAAAAAAUAAAAAAAAAUUAAACAUAAGUAUAUCAAGCAGUGACGAUACUAACGUGAAGUAUAAAAUAUUCCUCUUGUUAAUUGCGCCCGAACAGCUGCAGGGCUAGAAUUUAAAAAACCGCCGGCUAUCAGCAAAGAAGAAAAUAAUAAAAUACUACAAUCGUACUCUUGACACCCAGGACUAUUAAAGUAAUCAGUGCGGGACGAUAAAAAAAAUUAAAUUAAUAAAAAAAUAAUAAUAAUAAUAAAAAAUGAAUGAAAGAAAUCUAGUGACUUUGUUCACUUAAGGUCAUAUUAGAGGCCUUGACUAAUUUCUGAUAAUUUUAUUGUGUAUAUUAAUUUUUAUUAAUUUUGACGGCAAUGAAUUAUGUUGUAUGGUGUAUAAUCAGUGUCAGCACGUAAACAAAAGAAAAAAAAAUAUUAAUAAAAUAUGAGAAUGUUUAGUCCCUUCUUAAUAAAGCUCGCUUGUACUUUGUUGAAGGAGACGAUUCAAAUGAGAAUAAAUAAUAUUAUUAUUAUAUUAAGUGUACGAUUGAUGAUACAUAUAAAUUUUACAAUUAUUAAUUAAUUAAUAUUAUUAUUAAUUAUAAAUAUUAAUUUAAGAUGUGAAACUUUUUCAUUUUCGCGUCUAAAAAAUAAUAAUAAUAAAUAAAUAAAUAAAAAUAAAAAACGGAGAAAUAAUUUUUAUUAACUCUCUGUUGGAACUGAAAAGAUUAACAUCUCAUAUGAAUCCUCGUCGUCAACAAUUGACAGGAGGGGCGUUGUUUGAAAUGUAUCAUAUAUACGUAUUAAUUGAUGAUUGAUGAUGAUAACUAUAACAACAACAUGAUUAAUUAAUUAAUUAAAUAAUUAAUUAAUUAGGUAAAUAUAUAAAUAAAUAAAUAUAUAUAAAUAUAAAUAUACAUUAUUAUAAAAAAUAAAUAAUAACAAUAAAGUAUAGUAAUAUUGAUGAUGAUACUGAUCACCACAGUAAUUUAAAAAUCACAUUUUAAACUUACACUCUUACACUAAAGACAUCAACUCGCUACUCCUACACAUACACACUGUACUCAUUACAUUCAAUUAAAUUUUACAAUUUAUUGAAUCGUACAGAAUUUAAUUUAAAAAUUAAACCCACAGUGCUAUCUAUACUAACAAGUGCAUCGACCGUGUAAUCGUAACCGGUCGCCUAAUUUUUUAUUUCAUUUUGUUUUAUUUUUUUUUCAAGGACGAUAAUCGCGUCUUAGUGUGUAUGUAAAGUGCGUGCUAAAGAAUAAUAACAUUUAUGAGUUAAUAUAACAAUAAACGAAAUUUAAUGAGAGAAAAAAAAUUAUAACGUAAACAGAUACAUGUUUUUUAAAAUGAAAGAAUGAUUAAUAAUAAUAAUAUUAAUACUAAUAAUAAUAAUAAUGGUAAUAUAAUUUUAAAAAAUAGUAAAAGCAAGGGACAAGUUAUACAAGGAAAAAUAAUUGUACCAAAAUAUCCAUGGUUACUUAUAAAUAUAAUUAAUAAAUAGAGAUAAAAUGCAUAAUAAGAAUUUAUUCGGAGCUGGGCUCCCACCGGCCACCGUGAAAGUGUACGUGGGAAGUUUUUAAAACUUAGAAAAAAAAAUUUUCUUACAAUUGCAUACUGAUGACUGUGCAUUAUAAUUAUUACAGAUAGUUGACAAAGAGAUAAAUAACUAAAAAUACGAUAAUAUAUGAAUGAAUGACUGCUCAUAUUUUUAUUAUUAUUUUGUUCGUUCAAUAAAUCUUGCUGUCGGUAUUAUUUACUCGCGUUCAGUCUUCUCUUUUUUUUUUCUGUACUGUUUAUCAUUAAGAUAUUAAAGUUUAUUUUUAUUUUUUUAAUAUAAUUAUUACGACUCACGAAAUCAAUACGCUUUCGGCGCACGGCCGCUAUAAUUUUUUA